AUGUUUCCAAUACAAUCGCACACCGUACACCUCGUUCUGCAGUACAUAUCACCACCAUCCCUAUUGACUGAACCCCUGCCACCUCACUUGUUGUCCAGACAAUUACUUCAACGACACCAUUUUCUUCAGAUUUCCCCUGAUAAUCCCGUCGAUUAUCUAUGUUGGCCCGCACCUCAAAGUGCCCGUGUCAUCCAGCUCCUCGACACCUAUCCCCUCACAGCUCCCGGUGAUCAGCCGGACCACUAUUUCGUUCGAUACACAUCAGAUUUAGAGCACACUUAUGCUCAUGUGCAGGUCGUCGCUCAUGACGAGGGCGUCCGCGUGCUCUUCGAAUGGGAUGAUCAAGACGGAUGGAAGUAUCAUGACAGUCAACUGAUGCCUUUCCCGUCUACAUCACGCCCUACGUUACAACAAGCAAAUACCCAAUCAUCUUCAGCGGAUGGGGUGCGGCUGCAACGGCGGCCAGCCACGUUCUUUGCCGGUACCACAGAUCUAGACGAUGAAGACCGUUAUUGGAACGCAUACGGAGCCCCACUUCAUGAUUCAUUUUCCGCUUUAGCACCGCGCGGUGCAAAAGAUGGCUCAGCCGACGGAGCAGAAGAUGCUUAUUGGGCACAGUAUUCAUCAGUACAAGGAUCCGCUGACUCCACGGUGCCUUCGCCUCUGCCGAACAAUCGCAAACUACAACCCGCGCCUCCGACUUAUUAUACGCAAGAAGAGACUAUACCGAUACCAGAUGAUGCUAUACAUUCUUUGCCGCUAAGCGACAGUAAAUGUGGGCCCCCAUCGCCUACCAAGUUGGCACAUCUCCUUGACAUGAUUUCCCCACGUAAAGACCUCCACACACCCACGUCAAACGAACCACCAUCAGCUUUCGACCGUGAUACCCCGUCACCUCUCUCAACACUGGAUAAUUCUGACCUCGUGACUCCCGUGUCAGGCAACCUGGGUCAAUAUACCCACGUUGUUCCACCCGUAAAAGUCAAGUUAGAUGGUAUGCCAUAUUCUAACGGGCAACAUUCAGGUAACGGACAAGGUGAUGACGAAGAAAACGAAGUUGCUGUCGAGGAGGAUAAAGCAUUGACUGAAAGUAUCAAAGGCAUAUACUACCUGUGGAAGACGACGAAGUGGAGACAAGCAGAUGAAGAGAGCAGUGACGCAUUCUUACGUAUCGUCCGAACGGCUGUAACUCAGUCAUGA